UCAAUGCUGGCAGGGCAGAAGAGAGGGGUCACUGCUGGCAGGGUAAUGGAUGGGGGUCACUGCUGGCAGGGGCAGAGGACAGGGGUCACUGCUGGCAGGGCUGAGGACGGGGGUCACUGCUGGCAGGGCUGAGGAGGUGGGUCACUGCUGGCAGGGCAGAGGACGGGGGUCACUGCUGACAGGGCAGAGGACACAGGGGUCACUGCUGGCAGGGCAGAAGACAGGGGCACUGGUGUCAAUGGGAGGAAUAGUGCCCCCAUCCUUGGUGUCAUUAGUGCCUCAUUGUUGGUAUCAGUGGGAGGAAUAGUGCCCCAUCCUUGGUGUCAGUGGGAGGAAUAGUGCCCCCAUCCUUGGUGUCAUCAGGGAGAAUAGUGCUUCAUUGUUGGUGUCAGUGGGAGGAAUAGUGCCCCAUCAUUGGUGUCAGUGGGAACAAUAGUACCCCUAUCAUUGGUGUCAUUAGGGAGAAUAGUGUCCCAUCAUUGGUGUCAUUAGGGAGAAUAGUGCCCCAUCAUUGGUAUCAGUGGGAGGAAUAG